GCAGGAAAGCAUCUGGAUCUGCUCUGCUCUACUCUGUCCGGUUGCUGCUCUUGCCGGUUGUGGGUGCAAAUUCCUUUGAAUUUUCGGUUCCUGAUCGUUCUGUCAGUUUAGCACUGAGAUCGAGUCUUCGAUUUUAUGCGAGUGAGGUAAGUAAAUUUAUGGUAAUGCCCGUACUGUUUUUAAAAGCAUGUUUUGACUUGUUUUUGAAGUGGUGGCGGGACUAAACCCGUUUUAUGCAAAAGUAAGUAUGACUGAUUUGAAGUGAAAUUUUUAUGCUUUUCAUUAAAUUGAGCAUGCCUACUUGAGAUUUAAUUGAUUGUCCUGAUGAUUUGAAAGUGAUUGGUGAAUUAUGAUUUUUCUGUUAACUUCUGCCUGUUUUGUCUCCGAUGUGGUCAUGUUAUUAGUGACCCUGCUAGUGGGGGUUAAACGCUAGCACAUGUCGACAUGUUUACUGAUAUGAUCGGUAAAUUCUGACGCCUGCCAAUGGGCGAACACAUUGGUAAAUUCUGACGCCUGCCAGUGGGUGUUAUACGCUGGCCAUGACUUAUAGAGGAGACGUCUAUUUCGUUCCCGUAUUGUAUCCGUUUUUCGUGAUUGCACAUGUUGGCAUGCUAAGCGAGGUCAAGGACGGGGAAAAAGAAGGGGAGUGACGAGUUAGAAGGCUAGCCAUCUUGUAAAGUGAACAUAGAUUUUAGAUAUAGAUCAUGAUCUUGUAAACUAGACUUUAAUUGGAGAUUUUAUAAAGUCAUUUAAUGGAU